AUGUGGAUUGCUGAGGCGUGGGAGCAUGUCCCCACGAAUGUCAUCAUUGAUGCGUUCUGCCACUGUGGGAUUUCAAGCAAGCUGGACGGGACCAAGAACCACCUGGUGAUGUCUCACCUGCGCGAGAGGAGCACCACCAAUGUCUCCCAAGACAUGUGCCUCGGGGGGACCACGGGCGACAACACGCGCCUGCUUGGGCAGGCCCCGAAGGAGGAGGAGGAGGAUGAGGAGGAGGAGGAGAUGCAGGCGGAGGGCGCCAGGGAGGUGGGCGUGGCAACAGGGCUGGAGGUGUUAUACCAGGAGACGCCCAACUACCGCGGAGCUGCGGCCGAGGCUGACCGCAUGAUCGAGCCCAGGCAGACAGCCUGGCACGCCUGCCGAGUGCCAGACUUGGGGGUACAGGAGCCUGGAUCUACUAGUGCAAAUGAGGAGGGUGUCACCGAGGGGGCCUAG